AAAAAGAAAAAAAAAAGAAAAACCGAAAAAAAAAAGUUAUAAAAAAUAAAAAAUUAACGUGAAAAAAAAAAAACCCCGCGUACACACCGCACCAACAGUUCUCGUCGUCCGCCGCCGCAGCCGCUGCACUCGUAUUCGUGUUCCGUUGCGAUCGUAUCGCGUUCGAUCCGUUCGAAUCGAUCGGUAACCGCGCGCGCGCCGUCGCCCGGCCAACUUCUCGCCCGUUAUGGCCCGUGUCGGGAUCGCGCGGCGGGGCCUGCUCGUCGCGUUCGCGUUGAUCGUGAUCGCGGUCCAGCAGCAGCACGUGACCGCCAAGAAAGACUUGCCGGGCACCGGGUCGGAGCAACCGGCCGCCGCUUACCGGCCCGCAAAAGGCAACGCCGAGCCCAUCAUCGAGGAGGUGACGGCCAAGCAGCUGGAACGGGUGCUGAACGAAAAGGAUUACGUCGCCGUGUUCUGGUAUACCAGAAGCUGUCAUACGUGUGAUAAAGUACUAGAGGAACUUGAAAAUAUUGACGAUGACACUGACUCUUUUGGAGUUGACUUUGUAAAAAUAAAUGACAAACGGCUAGCUAAACAUUAUGGAAUUAAAAAUUUCCCAGCCCUCACCUACUUCCGAAAGAAAGAACCAAUUAUAUAUGAAGGAGAUCUAAUGGAUGAAGAAUCAGUAUUAGAAUUUCUGACGAGUUUAGAAGCUUUGGACUUACCAGAUCGUAUUGAAGAAGUAAAUUCCAAAAUAUUGCAAAAAAUUAUCGAAGACACAGAUUAUGUAGCAGUUUUGUUCUAUAAAGUUGGCUGUAAAAAAUGUGCAAAAGCAUUACAAGAAUUGGAGAAUAUUGACGAUGAAGCAGAUCAAUUAGGCAUUGGGUUUGUAAAAAUACAUGACUCAAGUUUAGCAGAAGAGUACAAUUUAGGAGAUUUACCUAAGUUGGUUUAUUAUCGGCAUCAAAUACCAAUUGUUUAUGAACAUGAAUUAACGAGAGAAGAAGAUGUUCUGGAAUGGUUGGUACAAAAUAAGUCUACAGGGGACGAAGAAGAUGUUAUCGAGGACGUGACAUCAAAAACUCUAGAUACCCUUAUUGGUUCUGUGGAUAAUCUUGUUGUUUUAUUUUACGAUAACGAUGACGAAGAUUCUUUAAGAGUUUUGAACGAAUUAGAGAAAAUUGACGAUGAUUGUGAUCGCCAUGGCAUACAGUUUGUGAAAAUUGAAGAUCCACUAGCAGCUUCUUCAUUUGGUUUGGAAUCGGUACCCGCAGUGGUUUAUUUUGAAAAGCAAAUACCAAACAUUUAUGAUGGUGAUAUUGAGAACGAAGAUGCGCUAUUGCAUUGGCUUAUUGAUCAACUUCAAAAAGAUGAAAUCGAGGAUAUUACGAAUGAAAUGAUGGAUCGUCUUAUUAAAGAAGGGAAAAAUAUCGCAGUGCUUUUCUAUGAUAAUAACGAUAAAAAAUCCCAGAAAGCAUUAAACGAACUUGAAAAUAUUGACGAUGAAUGCGAUACACUUGGAAUAGUAUUUGUUAAAAUUGAUGACGAAGAAGAAUCAAAGUUAUAUGGGAUUGAAGAAGUACCAGCUUUAUUAUACUUUGAAAAUGGAGUUCCAACCCUCUAUAAUGGAAACUUGGAGGACGAAGAAAAAGUGCUAGAAUGGCUUAGUUAUCAAAUAAAACAUGAUGAAAUAGAAGACGUAACUGAUGAGAUGCUUGAUAUCCUUAUAAAUAAGCUAUCAAACGUGGCUGUUCUGUUCUAUGAUAAGACACAAAAAAAAAGCCAAAAGGUUUUGGUUGAGCUGGAAAAUAUUGACGAUGAAUGUGAUCAGAGUGGAAUAGCCUUUGUAAAAAUUAGUAAUAUUGACGAAGCUCGAGAGUAUGGCAUAACAACUGUACCAAAACUAAUGUACUUUGAAAAGAGAAUUCCACAUUUAUAUAAUGGUGAUUUACUUAAAGAAGAAGAAGUUUUAAGUUGGCUCAUACACCAAAAAAGACAUUCAGAAAUACCAGAAGUUACAGAUGAAAUUGUUGACAAACUCAUCGAUUCUGAGCCUUACUUAGCAGUAUUAUUUUAUGAUAAGGAUGACAGAGAAGAUAUUCGUAUUCUAAAUGAAUUGGAAAACAUUGAUGAUGAAUUGGACAAAGAAGGAAUAGUGAUUGUACGUUUAGAUGAUGAAAAUGAAGCAAAGGAAUAUGGCAUAGAUCAUUUACCCACAUUAGUAUACUUUGAAAACAAAAUUCCAGCGAUUUAUGAAGGCGAUCUCAUAAAUGAAGAACAAGUACUGAAAUGGCUUAUAGAGCAAAAAACUACUGCUACUAUCGAAGAAGUCACUGACGAGAUACUCAAAACUCUUAUUGCCGAACAUGAAUACGUUUUGGUUUACUUUAGUGGAAGAUGCGAAGAAGGACAAGAAUGUGAUAGUAUACUUGAUGGUUUUGAAAACAUAGAUGACGAGUUAGAUGAAACCGGAAUUGUUUUUGUAACUACAGAAGAUGCAGCUAUCGCUAGAGAAUAUGGACUUAGAACAUUCCCAUCGCUAGUAUUCUUUAGAAACAAAGAACCACUAGUGUAUACAGGUGAUUUGGACGAUGAAGAUGAAGUAUUGACUUGGCUCAUCGAUGAGGAUACUCUUAAGGUGCCUGGGCGUAUUGAAGAAGUUAAUACUAAGAUGUUAGAAAAAAUAUUAAGUGAAAAAAAAUUUGUUGUAGUAUUCUUCUACAAAGAAGGAGACAAAAAAAGUCAAAAAAUAAUCGCAGAGUUGGAAAAUAUUGAUGAUGAAUGCGAAGAAAAAAAUAUUCAAUUCUUAAAAACUUCCGACGAAGGAAUUGAAAAGGAAUACGAUUUACCUGGGUUGCCAUCAUUAUUAUUUUACAGAAAUAAAUUCCGCAAAAUUUAUACAGGAGAUUUGAUGCACGAAGAAGCCAUUUUGGAAUGGGUUCUCAAUUUACAUGAGUCUGAACCAGAUUUUAUUGAGAGUGUCGAUAGAAAGACGCUGCAAACAUUAAUUAAUGAUGUCGAACACUUGGCAGUCUUCUUUUAUGAUGAUAAAUGUGAAGCUUGCCCUAGUAUAUUAGAAGAGUUAGAAACUAUAGAUGAUGAUACUGAUAAAGAGGGUAUUCAAUUCGUCAAGUCGACUGAUUCAAAGUUAGCAUCAGAAAUUGGUAUUUUUAGUUUUCCCGUUUUAGUUUAUUAUGAAACUGGAGUUCCAAUCAUGUAUGAUGGAGACAUAGCUAAUGAAAAUGAAGUUCUUCGAUGGAUGAUAAAACAAAAGACAGAUGAAAGUAUCGAACACAUAAAUAGAGAAAAGUUAUUUGAAUACAUUGAAAGUCAAGAUUUUUUAGCGGUUGUGUGGUAUGUGGAGGGUGAUACUAGAGUACCGAGGAUUUUACGACACAUUGAACUAAUUGACGACGAGGCUGCGGAAUAUGGUAUAAAAGUAGUUAAAUGUAGUGAUCGAUUGAUGGCUAAAAAACAUGGAUUCCGAAGUCCACCUGGUAUCACUUAUUUCCGAAAAAGCAAAUAUAUAAAUUACGAUGGUGACAUAGACGACGAUGAAGAAAUUUUGGACUGGCUAACCGAUCCCUCUAAUAUGGAGUUAACUGAACACAUCGAAAAAGUAAACCGUAAAAUGUUUGCAAAAAUCAGACAGAGUUCAGAAAACGUAGCGGUAUUCUUUUAUAGUGACGAUUGCAAACAAUGCAAACAAGUGCUCACGGAGAUCGAACAUAUAGAUGACGAUGCCGAUGCUGCUGGAAUAGAUUUUGUGAAAAUCGAUGACAAAAAAAUGGCCAAAGAGUGUGGGGUGUUUGCAUUACCAGCCAUAGUUUUCUUUAAACUCGGAUCCAAAGAUCCUACAAUUUACGCAGGAAAUCUGUACGAAGAAUCGGAUAUAUUAAAUUGGCUACUAGUUCAAAAAAAUCCACAUGGAGAAAUAAUCGAAGAGGUAAACGGACAAGAGUUAAGGGACACCAUAUCGUCAUCGGAAUCAAUCGCUGUAUAUUUCUGGAAUGGAACGCUGUGCGAACGCUGUAAGGCGUCAAACACCAAAGCGUUUCGUAGACAUCAUAAAUCACAACAGCCAAACGGUGCCCAUCAUAACGAUAUGAAAAAAAAAGAAGCGAAACCGGAUGUCGUGACGGAAUCAGUCACCGCAGAAGAUAAUAAUAAAAUUAAUAAUAAUGACGAUGAUGAUGAUGAUGAUGAUGAUAAAUAUCAUAAUAAUGAUAACGAUGAUAAUGAUGCUAAUGAUGAUGAUAAAGAUAAUGCGGAAAAUAAUAGUGAUACUCAUGCUAGUGCUCAAGGAAUCAAUAACUAUGAUAGCGAAGACGAAUGUGAUAAGUGUACAAGUAUUCUAGAAGAAUUAGAAAAUAUAGACGAUGAUUGUGAACGACAUGGGAUUACUUUUAUUAAAACUCAAGAUCUCGAUGCGGCUGAACUAUAUGGUGUAUCAAAAUUACCGGCGUUGGUGUACUUCGAACAUUCGGUGCCAAAUCUGUUUGGAGGAGAUUUGAAAGAAGAAGAAGAAGUUCUUCAAUGGUUAAUAACUCAAAGAACUGAGGACAGAAUUGAAUUAGUCACAAGAUCGAUGUUAGAGACAAUUGUGCAAGAAACACAAUAUUUAGCGGUAUACUUUUAUAAACAGGCAUGUCAUGUUUGCGACCAAAUUCUCGAAGAUUUAGAACGAGUAGACGACGAAUGUGAUUUGUACGGUAUACACAUGGUAAAAAUUCAAGACCCGCAGCUAGCCAAAAGGUAUUCAAUUAAGACAUUCCCAGCACUCGUCUACUUUAGAAACGGAAAUCCUCUACUGUACGAAGGCGAUUUACAAAACGAAGAAUCGGUUCUCGAGUGGCUAAUAGACGACGACAACCGUGAACUGGCUGAUGAAAUUGAAGAAGUAAACAGCCGCAUGCUGGAGAGACUUUUGGACGAGUCAUUACUGUUAGCAGUGUUUUUCUACGAGGAAAACUGCGAAGAAUGCGGCGACAUUCUAGAAGAACUAGAAAUUAUUGACGGCGAAGCAGAUUUGUUCGGUAUUGACAUGGUUAAGAUAUCAGAUCCAGACGUCGCGUCGAAGUACAACAUCAUAAGUCUGCCGUCUUUGGUGUAUUUUAGAAAAAGAGUACCCGAAAUAUUUGAUGGAGAUUUGACCGACGAAGACAAGGUGUUAUCGUGGUUAACUUCGCAGGAUGUAUUUGAAAUAAAAAACGAAAUCGACGAGGUGAACAAGAAAAUGCUAACGAAAUUACUCAACGAAAAUGAAUUCGUCACCGUAUUUUUCUACGAAAAUGACGAACCGGAAAGUGCAGAAGUGCUGGCUAGGCUAGAGACCAUAGACGACGAAACAAACAACAUGGACAUUACAUUCGUCAAAAUGGCAGACGCUCGUUACGCACGCAAAUGGGGUGUUACCAAGCUGCCGGCCGUAGUUUACUUCCGGAAUAAGUUCCCUAGUGUUUACAGAGGAAGCCUGGACUCGGAGACCGAGGUGUUGGAGUGGUUGAAGAAAACCCGUUUCCGCGAGCCCGAGCUCAAUCUGUUCAUGUACGUGAUGAUAACGAUAUCGUUCGCGUUCGUUCUGUACACCAUCCUGCUGGUGUACGGAUUCAAAAAGAUCACGAUGGCUCCUCCAAAACCACCGUCACCGUCGUCAUGAUUUGACGUACCUACUGUCCGUACCCAAUAAUAAUUAUAAUUAGUGCAUCGUUUGUUCGUAUUGUUGGCGCCUACUCCACAAACCUACCCCCAGUUGAAAACCGUUACAAUUCGAAAAAUAUAAAUACUGCCUAUAUGUGUGUUACUUGAUACUCAUUAAAAAUGUAUUUAAAUUAAACCAAUAACCUUCAA